AUGCCGGCUGGAACUGGAACCGGCUUCGGCCCUUCCGACCCCCCGGUCAGGACUGUGCCCACACAGGGACUGAACUCCAUCCCGACAGCCACUCCUUACCUGGCGCUGUCUGCCAACCAGACGGGACCCUGGUGCCUGCUGGUGCCCAUCCCGGAUGGCCUCUUUUUCAGCCUGGGGCUGGUGAGCUUGGUGGAGAACGUGCUGGUGGUGAUUUCUAUUGCCAAGAACCGAAACCUGCAUUCACCUAUGUACUUGUUCAUCUGCUGCCUGGCUUUAUCUGAUCUGCUCGUGAGUGUAAGCAUUGUGCUGGAGACCACUGUCAUCUUGGGGCUAGAGGCAGGGGCCCUGGCCACCCGGGAGAUGGUGGUACAGUGGCUGGACAAUGUCGUUGACGUACUCAUCUGUGGCUCCAUGCUGUCAAGCCUCUGCUUCCUAGGAGCCAUCGCGAUAGACCGAUACAUCUCCAUCUUCUAUGCACUGCGCUAUCAUAGCAUUGUGACACUGUCCCGGGCACGGUGGGUCAUUGUGGCCAUCUGGGGAGCCAGCAUCUUUUCCAGCACUCUCUUCAUGGCUUACUACAAUCACAUGGCUGUCCUGCUUUGUCUUGCUACCUUUUUUCUAGCCACACUGGCCCUCAUGGCCAUUCUGUACCUUCACAUGCUCUCACGGGCAUGCCACCAUGCCCGGGCCAUUGCUCAGCUCCACAAGAGACAGAAGCAUCCUGUUCACCAGGGCUUCUGGCUCAAAGGUGCUGCCACCCUUGCUAUUCUCCUGGGCAUUUUCUUCUUAUGCUGGGUCCCCUUCUUCCUGUACCUCACACUCAUCACCCUCUGCCCCAGGCACCCUACCUGCAGCUGCUUCUUCAAGAACCUCAACCUCUUCCUUGCCCUCAUCAUCUUCAACUCCAUUGUUGACCCCCUCAUCUAUGCCUUCCAGAGUCAGGAGCUCCGCAUGACGAUCAAGGAGGUGCUGCGGUGCACCUGGGCGAGCGCGGGCCGCACGCGGGAGCUCUUCCUGGAGGGCUCGGACCGCGUCCCUGUCCUUGUCCGCUCCCGCUACGGCCGCCAUGAAACCGGCCGCCAUGACGGCCGCGUGCCCGCGACACCGACGGCCCGUCCCACGCCAGCGUUCCCAGCGUUCCCGGCUCCCGCCAGGGCCCGCCCGGCAUCGCUCCGUCCGCACCGCCCGCCCGCCGCAGCCAGCAUGAGGGAGAUCGUGCACAUCCAGGCCGGCCAGUGCGGCAACCAGAUCGGGGCCAAGUUUUGGGAGGUCAUCAGUGAUGAGCAUGGCAUAGAUCCCAGCGGCAACUAUGUGGGUGACUCAGACCUGCAGCUGGAACGCAUCAGUGUCUACUACAACGAGGCCUCCUCUCAUAAAUAUGUGCCUCGGGCUAUCCUGGUGGACCUGGAGCCUGGAACUAUGGAUAGCGUACGGUCAGGGGCCUUUGGACAUCUUUUCAGGCCUGACAACUUCAUCUUUGGUCAGAGUGGGGCUGGCAACAACUGGGCCAAGGGUCACUACACAGAGGGUGCGGAGCUGGUGGACUCAGUCCUAGAUGUUGUGCGGAAGGAGUGUGAGAAUUGCGACUGCCUGCAAGGCUUCCAGCUGACCCACUCCCUAGGUGGGGGCACAGGCUCGGGCAUGGGCACCCUGCUUAUCAGCAAGGUGCGGGAGGAGUAUCCUGACCGCAUCAUGAACACCUUCAGUGUGGUGCCCUCACCCAAAGUCUCAGACACCGUGGUGGAGCCCUACAACGCCACACUGUCCAUCCACCAGCUGGUGGAGAACACGGAUGAGACCUACUGCAUUGACAACGAGGCCCUGUACGACAUCUGCUUCCGCACCCUGAAGCUGGCCACACCCACGUAUGGGGACCUCAACCACCUGGUGUCGGCCACCAUGAGUGGGGUCACCACCUCCCUCCGCUUUCCUGGCCAGCUCAAUGCAGACCUGCGCAAGCUGGCUGUGAACAUGGUGCCCUUCCCCCGCCUGCACUUCUUCAUGCCCGGCUUUGCCCCACUCACAGCCCGGGGCAGCCAGCAGUACCGUGCCCUGACAGUGCCUGAGCUCACCCAGCAGAUGUUUGAUGCCAAGAACAUGAUGGCUGCCUGUGACCCCCGCCAUGGCCGCUACCUGACAGUGGCCACUGUCUUCCGUGGGCGCAUGUCUAUGAAAGAAGUAGAUGAGCAGAUGCUGGCUAUCCAGAGCAAGAACAGCAGCUACUUUGUGGAGUGGAUCCCUAACAAUGUCAAGGUAGCUGUGUGUGACAUCCCUCCUCGAGGCCUCAAGAUGUCUUCCACCUUCAUCGGCAACAGCACGGCCAUCCAGGAGCUGUUCAAGCGCAUCUCUGAGCAGUUCACCGCCAUGUUCCGGCGCAAGGCCUUCCUGCACUGGUACACCGGUGAGGGCAUGGACGAGAUGGAGUUCACGGAGGCCGAGAGCAACAUGAAUGACCUGGUGUCUGAGUACCAGCAGUACCAGGACGCCACAGCCGAGGAGGAGGGCGAGAUGUAUGAAGAUGAUGAUGAGGAGUCUGAGGCCCAGGGCCCCAAGUGAACCACCUGCGGGUGGAGUCACAUGUCAGCCAGGGCCAAGACAAGCAGGUCUGUCCCUCAGAGCCACUUAGCUGCUGACACUGCCCCCCAGCUUUGCUUCUACCAGCUUGCUAUGGUGUCACAGGGCCUCCCGAGUUACGUCCUUCAGUAUUUAUGGCCAUCCCCACCCAGUUUGAGUCCAUUGGCUCUGUCCUCCCCACAUACCCACCUCCUUUUUUGUGUUGCCCCUUGUCUCUUGGUUUUAUUGUGGCUCCGAGCCUGAUGUUUUAUAGUUUGUUUUGUUUUGUUUUUUUUACUGAUGUAUGUUUAUAUUUUGGGGGGGGGAUACUUAAUAAAUCUAUUGCUGUCAGA